AUGAGAGAGUCAAACUUUGCAUUUCCGCCGCAGAACAGGGCAUGCGUGUGUAUUACCAGCCAGCUGUAUGAUCGACGCGCACUCGACGCAACCUCUGCAUUGCCACUCUACAACUCGCUGACUCAUCUCGUGUAUCUCACAUCCACAUCCCCUCGAAUCCGCGAAAUCCUGACCCUCGACGGUGGCCUGGAACGCCUCGUGCGCAUCCUACGCGACUUCUGUGCCAACCCACCUCGCAGGAGAGACGCAGCCUGGAUCUAUGGCCUAUCUCCACCCGAUGCUACUCCCUCAGACGACCUACCAAAACGAAUUGACCACCGCAUAUCUCCCACGACAUACGACUUGGGAGACGAUGAUAACGACUUCUUCCUUGAAUCUUCCUCACGAGCAGAACUCGAAAAAGCUGCCCAUCGAUUCAAGAUUGGGCCCUCUCGCGUUCAUGAGUUCGCGCUCCAAAAACCACAUCCAACUGCACACAGCAUCCCAUAUAUCCCCACCCCCGGCACCCCCUUCCCCUAUCAAAUCGAUCCCCUUGCCGCGCGCACGUUUAGUCUCGCAUUUCAGUGCGUAGUCAAUAUUGGAGUACGCGGCUCAGAACAUAUCCGACGCCGCGUUGUCCAGGCUGGUGCCCUCGGAGUCGUCAGUUGCAUCCUCGCCGUCUGGCUCAAGGGCAAAGGAUUCGCAAUUGGCCCAUCGGCCACUGGUUCCGGUGCUCCUCGAGAGUCCCGUGAAGUCCGCGUGCGCAGGCGAGAAGAAGCCCUCGAACGCCAGCGUGCCCUCGAUCUUGCCCGCGCCCUCGAGCACGCAACCUCAUCUGACAACCUGCGGGCGCGUGCGAUUGCACAACCACAACCUCGCAUCGCCACCACCACUGCUCCCCCUCCGGCCCUCCCCCCUGUACGGACCAAUACAAACCCCAACCCCAGUUCGGAAGAAGCCGACGAGGAAAUGAGCGGUGCAAGCGAUAUGGGCCCCUCGCCAACUCCCCCACCUCCCGCUAUCGGACGAAGCAUGUCCAAUGAUUCGGAUGGAAGUUAUGUGGGAGUCCCAUCGCUCCCCGCACCAAGCGGUCCUUCGGGUGCGUUUGCAGUCUCUAGCGGCUCCCAUGCGCGCUCAUUCGAUAUCCGUACUGCAUCUCCCAUCCCCAUUGCCUCCACCUCUCCCGUUAUGGGCCGUGCUAUCUCACCCAACACGGCCCAAUCAUCCGACGCCUCGGCCAAUGCCACCCCUGUUGGCUCGGGCACGCCUACAGGGAGUGUAGUCGUACCUGGGCGCGAUCGUAGCGGGACCGUCGUCGGGAGGCCCAUCUGGGAUAAUGAAGGCGGGCCAAGGCAGGUCGCUCAACCGGUCGCAAGACCAACUUGGUCCGAUGCGGACGAAACCCCCGCGCGAGAAGUUACAACCACGGGCAGACGAGGGACGAUAACGCGCAGGCCUCGUCGAGAACGAGAUACGGAUGGGGAUGACACCGAAGCUGAUGGGGACGACCAAACGGCUCAGCAAGGCGAGCGCCGUACGAUUGGCAUUGUCGACGCUGCAGAUGGAGACGGUGCAAUGGCAAUGGAUAUGAUGGGCGAGGGUGUCGGCGUUGGUGUCGUCGCACUCGAACAAAACGAUGAUUUGGCGAUGGGUGCUCCGCCCGGGGCUCCAGGUGCCAUCGGAACUCCAAGGGCUCGGGUCGCUCCUGGUACGGAGCUUACUCCCCGAGCGGGCAUUGCCACACUUGGUGCUCAGGUAGAGCAAACCGCGCAAGAAACUCGUCGGUCCGUCCCUGUCAACCCUGGACCGUAUGGCGACGAGGAGGUCUUGUUCAGCCUCCAGCUACUCGCUUACCUCAGCAAAUAUCCACACGUCCGACAAGCCUUUUACGAAACUCCCGCGACCCUCCGUGCGCUCGUCGACGCGAGUAACGAGCCCAAACCUUCGGCCCAGCCGCUCUCCAGUACCGCCCAGUCGCCCAAUGUUUUCUCCUUGGUCGAGCGAUUCACUUUCCGCCCCUCCCCCUCCGAAACCACUCUCCCCCGGCUCCCCCACGAAAUACAAUACUGGGCCGGCGUAAUCAUGCGCAACGCAUGCCGAAAAGACGAUCAGCGGGGCGGAAUUCGACAGUGCGCCAACAUGUUAUGUGGGCGAUGGGAAGAGUUCCCUCGAGAGUUUGCCAAGUGCCGACGGUGUCGCAAGGCCAAGUACUGCGGCAAGGAGUGCCAGAGCAAGGCCUGGGCGGAAGGACAUCGGUUCUGGUGUAGCGCGCGUGAAGAAGAGGACUCCCAGACCGUGGUUGCUCGCACGGGUUCUUCAGCCAACACCGUUCCCCCCGCCGCUGUCGCAACCGAAGUCGAGGUCCCAACCCGACGCGGCCUCACCAACACUGUAACACGUGCACUAGUCAAUAUCGCAGGCGGGAUGACAGGAAGAACAAACACCACGGUGCAGCAACCGCAAGCGCAGCCAGUCCCUACAAACUCGCCGACAGUCGGGCCAGGUGCGGGGUUUAGGUUCGGUGCAGCGGCGGCAGAACACACACAAGGGGGCGGGCCGACGCGGGCGCAAGGGUUAGCUGGGGGGGUUCAGGCACGGCCAGGGAAUUUCCAGGCGGAGCUACCGAGGUACGCUGGGAUGGCCGCAGCUGCCAGAGGUGUUCGGCCGCUGGCCCUGCCUGCGCGAGCAGCGAAUCCACCCUCAGCAGGUUGGGCCGGUCCACCGCGAGGAGGAGUUGCGUUCUUCAAUGAACCUGCUCAGCCGGCCGAUGCAGGCCCGUCUCGACGAACUCGAGGACCAGAGACAGCUCGGCGAAGGAGUGGGACGAUGCCCAGUCAAGGGGUUGGCUCGAACCAGGGCGCAGAGCCAAACGACCCGUGGAACGUUGUCCCCGUACAACGAGUCUCGCCCGUUCCAAGCGCCCCUCAUACGACACCUCAGCACGCAAAUCGACCAUUGGACGGAGAUGGAGACGAUGACAUGGUUCUCGGGUGA